UUCAGCGCGGAAUGCUUGAUGCAACUUGCAUAGGAGAUCCAGUGCCACCCCUCAAAACCUUUCAGUGAAGAUGAGAGAUAAGGGUUUGACGUUUGAAGCCAAACUGUAUGCGAGCUAUGCAAGUUGUAAAACAGGUUAUCACUUUUUAGGAUGAUUAUUCCCCAUCUUUUUAUUUUAAGAUUAGAUUUAGAUACUGUCUUAUGAAUGUGAUGUAACAAACUCAAUUACUAAGAUGAUGGAACAUUAAGAUUGAUUUUUCAGUUCCAGGAAAUAGGUCAGCAUACAUCUGUAAAAUAGCUUUAGCUAAGGAUAGCUGUGACUGUAGUCCAACUAGUCUUCUAGCUAAAGCAUAUCACUGUGCUUUUACCUUACUUUGUGUUAUUCCUACAAAUGUACACAUUUCUGUGGCAUAAGUUUUAAGGUGUGACGAGCUCUGCCCUUCGCUGCCAAUCUGUCUUCUGCCGUGUUUUCCAGAUACCUGGUGGUAGGGGGUCGUUAGGGCCAACGAGGAACACCUGGUGCUGCUAGUCUCUCUCUUCUCUGCUGUGCUGCUGCAGGUCUCCACUUCUUUCAGCCUCAGGACUCCAGGUCCAGGUCGGGCGACUCACGGCGGAAUCCUGUAAGCGAAGAUGCGGGCGGUCGGGGCCCUAGGAGUCGGUGUGCUGUGGGCGCUGCUGGCCGCUGUGGUGUCCGAGCUGGAGACGCUGGUGCAGGAGCAGAUGAAGCCCGAGUCCUCCCUGCUAAAGCCAAAAGUUAUGAUCGCCAUUGUGGCUCGUAACGCAGCGCACAGCCUGCCACAUUACCUGGGCUGCAUCGAGAGGCUGGAGUACCCGAAGGAGCGCAUAGCGAUCUGGGCAGCGACGGAUCAUAAUGGGGACAACACCACUGCUAUGCUGAGAGAAUGGCUGAAGGGAGCCCAGAGCGUCUACCACUACGUGGAGUGGAGACCCAUGGAGGAGCCCAAGUCCUACACAGAUGAGUGGGGGCCGAAGCACUGGCCUCCUUCAAGGUUCAACCAUGUGAUGAAGCUGAGACAGGCGGCGCUAAAGGCUGCCAGGGAACGAUGGGCCGACUACAUACUAUUUGUCGACAGUGACAACCUGUUGACCAACCCCCGCGUGCUGAACCUGCUGAUGGCUGAAAACCUGACCCUGGCUGCUCCCAUGUUAGAGUCUCGCUCGCUCUACUCCAACUUCUGGUGCGGCAUCACCCCACAGGGUUACUACAAGCGAACCCCAGACUACCAGCCCAUCCGGGAGUGGAAGCGGCUCGGCUGUUACGCUGUUCCCAUGGUGCACAGCACCUUCUUAAUAGACCUGCGUCGUGAAUCCAGCAGGAGCCUGACCUUCUACCCUCCUCACUCGGACUACAGCUGGGCAUUUGAUGACAUCAUGGUGUUUGCUUUCUCGGCUCGUCAAGCAGGUGUGCAGAUGUACGUGUGUAACAGAGAACAUUACGGCCUCCUGCCCGUCCCUCUUAAAGCGCAGCAGAGUGUGGAAGAAGAGAGCGAGAGUUUCAUACACACCAUCACGGAGGCUUUAAUUGACCACGACAUCGAGCCCUCUGGGCACCUGUCCUCUCUGCCAUCCCCGCAGGACACCGUGGGCUUCGAUAAGAUUUAUCUGGUCAACCUGAAGCGUCGGCUGGACAGAAGAACCAGGAUGUUGAAAACGAUGUCUUCGCUGGGUCUACAUGUCACGCUGAUCGACGCGGUUGACGGAAAGGCUCUCAAUACGUCCCAGCUACAGGCUCUAGGAAUAGAGAUGAUGCCGGGCUACAAGGACCCUUACUCAGGCCGAGUACUGACCAGAGGGGAGAUCGGUUGCUUCCUCAGCCAUCACUCCAUAUGGACACAGGUGUUGGAGCGCGGCCUCAAGAGGGUUCUUCUUUUAGAGGACGACGUGCGGUUUGAACCCAGGUUCAAACGACGGCUCCAGGCCAUCGUAGAUGACAUAGACAAAACCCAGCUGGACUGGGACCUCAUCUACGUGGGGCGUAAGCGCAUGCAGGUGCAGCAGCCGGAGCAGUCCGUGGACGGUGUGAACAACCUGGUCAAGGCCGACUACUCCUACUGGACGCUCGGCUACGCGCUGUCGCAGCAAGGAGCCAGGAAGCUGCUGGCUGCCAAACCCUUCACAAGGAUGCUGCCUGUCGACGAGUUCCUGCCCGUCAUGUUCAACAAACACCCAAACACUGCGUUCAUGUCUCACUUUGAGCCGCGGGACCUGAAGGCCUUCUCCACGGAGCCGCUGCUUAUCUAUCCCACCCACUACACCGGAGAGCCAGGCUACAUCAGCGACACGGAGACCUCCACCAUCUGGGACGACGAGGCCGUGGCCACAGACUGGGACCGGCAGCACCCCCGCAAGACGGCCCAGCAGGGCAGCAUCCGCACCGUGGCGCAGAACAGCGUCUCUGGAGAGUCGCCGCCUCCUGCAGCUCGAGCCUCGCGGGACGAACUCUGAUGAUCUGACGCUCAGAGAGAGAGACUCGUGAAAAAUUACACUUGAGCUAUAAGCUGACAUCCUGUACAUUCAUUCACUUAUACACGCACAUACAUACACACUGGUGUCCAAGUGGAUAAAACCCGAGUGAAGAUGUCAAUCCACUCUGCUGCCUGAUGAAGGGACACUGAGGAGAGGAAGAAGAGGAGAAACUGGGCCAGCAGGCCUUUGACAAAAGCUUUAUUUAUUCCCUAUGUCCCUCCUCCGGGCAUGUGGAGACAGUUACAGCCCGCGAAAAAAAAACUUUCGCAACACAUGGAAGACAGCUAGCAUAAUUUGAAAGAAAAAAAAAUAUCAUUCUCGCAAAUCAAUUUUAAUGUUGUUUUGGAAGAUUAUUGUUAUUUAAAAAGAACAGAUUUGUUGUUGUUUUUUUAUGGACAGCAAAAGAAUAAAAGAAGCUGUCUGAAAACAACUCGUAAGUGUGCGUGUGUGAGUUUACAUAUGGAUGUGUUUACAGAACUGAACAUAUGUGGGAGGAGGGAGGCUGACAUACCGUUCCCAAGAGUGACACUACCUCAGAUGAUGUCCCUCUCUCACUCACACACACACACACACACACACACACUCACACACACUCACAUUCUGAGGGGGAGUGCAGCCCUUCUUUACCAAGCAGCAGGACAAUAGCGGAUGUUAUUAGGCUCAGUGUUUCCGUCGUUGCAGAUAUCUCACUUGCACAGCGGGCUGGUCCUGCUAGUUAGCGUUUCAGAGCCUCAGUCAUACAUUACACGUAGCCUGCAGGAUGUACAAUAUAUGCAGUCAUGUCCACUUCAGACCCCUGCUCUGUUUAGACCUGUUGAAAAUGUUUUGGGAUAAACUGAAUUAUUCAUGUCCUCAACACAGGCUGUUCUUCGUUCAGACGUGGUGCCGGGCUGAACCAAUAAAACGUCUUCACUG